AUGGACUCAUCAAAACAAAAUCUCAAUGAAGUCACAAAUUCAAUCGAUAAAACCCUAGAAAUUCUGAACCAACUUUAUCUCACAAGCUCUUCUAACGACGUAAUUCCCCUUGUUCAAGGCAUGAAUAAUCUUGUGCUCGAACUUGAUAAUAUGGCGAAAUUGGGAGAAAAAUAUUAUAUUCAAGUGUCAAUAGACGUUAUGAACUUGAUCGAUGAUGGAAAGAAUUCAGAUGAGUAUACAAGAGAUAUGUUGAAUAGUUGUAUAGCCAGGAACCAAAUCACUAAAGGAAAAACAAAUGCAUUCAAGGAUUUACGAGGGCAUUUCCUCGAGGAGCUCGAUCAGGCUUUCCCUAACGAGGUGGAAGCCUGUAGGCUAGUAAAACAUUUGCUUUAG